GGUAAUUAUAUUUAUAUUUGUUGUUAUAUGGGUUGGGUUUCUACUAUGUGGAAUUGUAUGGUAAUUAUGAUUAAUUUAUGGUUAUCCGAUUUACCAUGUUCUACUAUAGUGGUAUUGUAUGAUAGUUAGAUUUAUAAUUUUUUGUAGUAUGUUUUACCACAUUAUACCAUGUGAUAUUGUAUGGUAGUUAGAUUUCUAAUUUUAUUUUAGCAUGUUAUACCAUAUGGUAUUGUGUGGUAAUUAGAUUUGUAAUUUUUUUUAGCAUAUUUUACCAUAAUUUAUCAUGGUAGUAGAAAGUGAUGGUCAUAUUCAUACUUGUAAUUACCCUUUUUAGCAGAGACUUAUUAAGAGAAAAAAUCAUCAUUCAAUUUGAGUUGGAGUUGGAGUAGAGAGAGCUGAGAUUGUUAAUUUUAUAUUUGUUUUAGAAAUAAAGUUAGAGUGGAGAGAGUGUGUACUAAAUAAUUUAGUUUUUUUUUUAAUGAUAGAUAACAGAGUAUCAUAGGGGAACGCGUGGGGAAGGGUAGUGGGGUCCAUGUUCGGUCAAAACUCAGUGUCAGGUCGUUAGCAUUAAAUGAGGGGUGGUUGCAAUUUACCCUACUGUCCCUCCGUGUUUUAUUUAAAUAAAAGGGAACGGCUUAGAUGCAUACACGUGGAGGAUAGAAGAAGGAGUUACACAUGGUUAGACCAUCUACAUCGGCUGUCAUUUGCCUAUUUCAUGGGUGACAUGGCAUGAAAGUGAGAUAGGUCAUGAAUGUGAGAUCUAUUUCAGGAAGUGGGAUCUUCCACUUUAUGAAAUCCAAUAUGAAAUAGCAUAUGGCAGGAGAAUGGGCCCCCCUUCCCAUCUUUUGCACUUUUUUUUGUUUUCUUUAUUUGAAUUGAAAAGAGUGUUAUAUAGUCUUAACUUCUAUUUAUCAUUUGCUAACUAUAAUAUAAGAAACAAAAAUUUUAUAUUAGCUAAAUUCAUUAACCUUUGAUUAUUUAAUUUUUCAAAAUAUGAAAGCGCAAUACUAAAAUAAAAUAUUCAUAUAUAUAUAUAUAUAUAUAUAUAUAUAUAUCAGAUGUCACAACUACAUACAAAUACAAAUUACAUAGAAAACCAAUAAUACUUGUAAUUUGUCAUUUGAAUAUUGUACUUGCGACUUUACUAAAAGUUUCAUGUAUUUUUAUUAAAGUCUACCCAUUUUAAAUUCCAUAAUUUAUUUUUUUAAUCAAUGAAUAAAGCUAUAUAUAUUUUUAAUGAAUUAGUAAAUUUAUUUCAUCAUUGAGAAUUAAAUAAUUAUAAUAGAUUAUUUUAAUUAUUUGAUACAUCUUAAAUUGGUAAAAUCAUAUAGGUCAGAUAUAAAUGUAUAGAUGUAUUAAAAAGGAAGUUGGACCCACCAUAUGAAAUAGAUAGUGGAUUUCAUGGAUGUAGAGGAAAUGAAAUUGAUAUGUAGUGAAAUAGAAAAACUGUUGAUGUGGCCGUAGGGGGCCACAUAUGGAAUAUAAAUAAUAUUUCAUGGAUGUGAUUAGUCUUACGCAAGAUAGGGUUAGUGACGUGAUCCCAACCCCUACCCCUAGUCCUACUAGUUCAGAAACUCGUAAAUGUUAACCGCUUGCCAGUUUUCUCCGGCCUCUCCGAUUGCAACUAUCCGGUUGCUAGGACCUAACUUGUCGGCCGAAUUGCUCGGGAUUUGCCUCUCUAUAUCCAGUUUAAGCUCAUUGCUGGCAAAUGGAGGGAUUGCAGAAUUUCGUCCGCAACGUCUCAAAGGAAAUACAGUCCAUAACUUCCUCUCCUUCCUCGUCGGAGAAAUCGUACGAUCUCGGUGGCAAAUUAGGACCCGCCACCGCUACUUUAUCUUCUUCCACUGCCAACCACUCUCGUGUCCUUGCGGUCAGGCCCCCCAGGAACAUGGUGUCUGCGUGGACCUGCUCCAAGCUCUGCUUGCUUUUCUUUGCUGCUGGAAUCGUGACUGGUUAUAGGUUCAAGAGGCGUGUCCGUAUCUGGGCUUCUAGGCUUCUUAAGAGGUUGAAAGAUGACUGACUGACACCAGUAAGGCUUCAUUAUCUGUAAUUCGUGAGACAAAGUUGAUGAAAUUUAGAGUUCGUAUUUCUUGACACGAUUUCACUUGAUGUACUCAUGUGAAGCUAAUGCAAAAUCAUGCUAUGGAUCGUUAAAAGUCUCAGAUGUUCAUUUAGCAAGUAGGGAAGAACUUCAACUGUCAGAAUUUGUAUUUACUACAUUUCUAGGUUAACAGCCCCGGGUAUUUUGUCAAAAUUUUGCUCAUCCAAGUACAGAAGUUAUAUUACCGUUUAUGGUAGGUAACUCAGAGAUAAAAACAUGUCAACCCU